AUGCACAGACACUGGGAUCUGGAUAAGAGGAUGAGCCCUCGGCCAGAGCUACUACCAUUUCAGUUACCAGAGGAGAACCCCCAGGGCCUUCAAGGUAUUCACUUGACGUCGGAGACUCGUGCGGAUUCUUUCCGCCCGCACCCGCAGCAGCACCUCACCGAGGUGAUUUCAGUGAACAGCCUCAGUACCAGCAGUAGCUGUGAGUGGGCUGCCGCUCCCGUAUUAGUCUAUAACCCCAUCGGCUUUAGGCUGGUCCUGCUGGUAAAGGAGCACAUGAACCACACCACACACAGCCGCGGUGUACUCAAAAAGAGGACUGUGCGUGGUGUUGCGCCCACAUCUGACAGUGCUUCGGCCCACCGGGAAAAGUCCCGGUGCUCCGGUGCUCUCAAAGCAGCAGCAGCACAUAUCUAUGCGGGACACGUCCUCAAGGAAUCUGAGCAGCACAACAAUACUCAGGAUGACCCAGUAACACCUCAGCCCCCUUCAACCAGCCAAAAUCCCAAAUACCAACUGUUUCUUAAUAAUGAUCUGAAGACCAAUGGCACAGGCUCCAAAGAGCAGGACAUAAACUUCAGUAGUGGGACAGCAGGGGGUGAGAAUGGACCCAGACCCCGCUGGGAAAGCACCAGGUUGGGACUUAACAACUACAGAGGAUCUUUGGAAUCACUUAUGUCACGGGACUGGGACAACACAUCAGACCGGGGGGGUAUGAGCGACAGUUCAUCUCGAGUCUUCAACAGUCCCUACUCCACCACUGCUUCCAUGGACUAUAAUCCUGCAUUCCGCAUGUCUGAGUAUAAGGUAGCAGGUGGUUUGUCUCCAGCUACCUCUGAGAUGAACUUGUACAACUACAAUGGACGCAGCAUUAGUCCAGUGCCCUCUGUCACAAUGGGUGCUGGCCGGACACGCUUCUCCACAUAUGAGACACUAAGGCGCAAACCUGAGAUCAGUGCUCCUGUGAUCCCUACAACACACUAUACAGUGCGUUCUACGGCUCUGGGAAAUCCAAACAAGAAAGAUUAUAUUGAGGAGUUGACAAAAGAACUAGAUGCCUGUCAAAAGAGGAACCAGUUUUUGGAAGCAGAGAGUGUGGAGAUGGAGAAGGAGAGAAACCAAAUAAGGUUUGAAAUGCGAGGCUUGCUGGUGAAUAACGAGGACCUUCUGAGAACUAAUACUCAACUGACCAAUGAGAUCAAGAGAACGAGAGAACAAAUGUUGGAAAUGGAAAAAGAGAAUCAGGCUAUGGCUGAGCGCUGCCGGGAGAUGGAGACUGAAGUGAAACAAGCUCGGGAGAUAAUGGUAGAGGCCAACAACCAGGAAUAUGCAUUUAAUUUCCUCCAACAGUCAUUGAAAAACCAGAUUCAAGAUGCAGAGGAUAACCUGGAGAAGCAAACGCAGCAUGCUCAGACUUUAGCAGAGAAGUUGUGGCAUGCAGAAAGACAACUGGAGGAGUUUGAACUCGACAGAGAUUCCAAGGAAAAGAAGACAUCAGAACUUAACAGCACUGUGCUUCGACUAGAGGAUGAGCUGGCAGAGGCUCUGCAGAUGGCAUCCCAGAGUACUGCAGAGAGGAACCUUCAGAUGAAGCUCAGAGAAGACACUCAGCUCCGAGUGGAUGAGCUGGAAGAGAGUCUUCUGGCUAAGCAACAGGAGAUUGACAAACUACAGAUACUGGUCACCAAGCUACAGGGAGAGGUGUCUGGAAAAUUAGUGGAUAAGGAGCGUUCUUUGGAGGAGGAGAUACAGCUGAGAGAGAGGCUGCAGUUGCAGUGCAAACAGGCGGAGCGCAGCCUUGAGGACCUUCGCAUGGAAUUACACACAAGCAACCAAACCCGUGACGAGCUCAGUAAGCAGCUGAAAGUAACGCAGGAGAAGAUCAUUGAUCUUGAAACUGAUCUGGAGGAACUACAUGACAGUGAGCAGCGAUGGGCCUCUAAGCACAAGAGAACCAUUGAACAGGUGGAACAACUUCAACUCAAGUUUAUUCAGCAAAAAGAUCUUAGUGAACAGUUGGAAAUGGACAAGGAUUCGCUGGAGCGACAGCUGCGGGAGCUACGCUUGGAGGUGGAGGAACUUCAGAGCUCCAGAGUGCAGGAGGAUGUCAUCUCCAGAACUGAGUCUCGAGUCAAAGACCUGGAGAAUAGCCUGAGAGCAGAGGAGCGAAACAAAUCAGUCUUGACCAAUACUAUCAGCAAACUAGAAAGAAAAAUCACAGAGCUGACAGACCAAAUGGAAGAGGAGCAUCGUAUCUCCACUGAGCAGAAGGAGCUGAUGACACAGAGGAUGCGGACUUUGAAGAGACAGUUGAAUGAGGCUGAGGAGGAGGCCAGUCGAAAGGAAGCCCAGUGCCGCUUCGCUCAAAGAGAACUGGCAGAGGAGCGUGAGGCUCGAGAACGGCUCCAGAGGCAACUUGUGGAUCAGCAACUUCAAGCCAAGCGUAAGGAGACUCUAACCAUGCGUCAAACACUGGACAACCUGAGAAUUGACCUAAGCAUCGAUGAUGAGGAGGAGGAGGAAGAUCAAUCUAAAACAGAAACUGUUACCAAAGUCUAGAAUGUAUGUAUUUAAAAAGAAUGCUGUGAAAAUGUCUUUUACCCAUUAAGUAAGUAGACUGGGUUGCCUCCUUUAGUCAGAUUAGUCAGAAAAGGUGUGUUUUCUCUCACCUGCAACUGCACCUGAUCCUGUUGCAGACAUUUUGGAAAACUGGGGACACUUGCAUCUGUGCUUGGGUGAGAGCGGGGGAUUUUUCUGAGGGCUUUUUCAAAUAAACCACAAUGAUGUAAAUAAUGUUUGUGUUGGACUUUGAGACGUUUUAAUUCCAAGAGCAACUCAAUUUUGCAUUCUUGAACUGUUUCAGACCACGAUAGUCCUCACUCACACCAGUGUAGUCCUUCAUUUAUCCAGGAACGUUCAUUUGAACUAAAUUAAAAGCAUUUGCUGUAGCUUUUCAAUUUGUUUCAGUUGCCAAUAUACAUUGUUUAUUUUGAAGAAAUGUUUAUGAAAUUUUGUUUUUGUAGCCCCCAAAAUUACAACAAACAAUGAAGCAGUAACUGGACAAUAACAGACAGGCAGAAGAACCAACAUUCACAGGAUAAAAGCAAAUGGUGAAUUGUCCUGAAAGAUUCCCUGGCCUUAGACCCCUUCUCUUUCCUUCCCCAAAAAAUAAUUAUUAUAAAUAGUGGGAAGAAGAUCAACUUUGAGGAGAACCACAGUGAAGGAGAGAUCCACUUUUAUGGAUAAGCUGGUGAUGGGUCCAAGACUGGCCUGCAUCUAUCUCUGGUUCAAAUAUGUACUCCCAUGGUUCCACUCAAAGCAGAGGGUAGAGGGAGGGGUAGUGGUGGGGUCAUCGGUCAGGUGAGGGAAGAGGAAAGGUAAUAAAUGUAAUGCAUAUCAGUGCGCAUCAGAAAACAUCAUGUAAUGUAUUUUACCUUGUUUGUGUAAUAGAAAAUUAUGACAAAUUUUGUAUUUUUGAUGAAGGUAAAAUUCAGAUUUUUUUAUUUUACUGUACAAAUACUUCCAGAAAUGUGGACCAUACAAUAGUUUUUAUUUUAUUCUAUUUUAUCUACAUAUAUAUUACAUACUUAACCACAAAUUGUAUUUUUUUUUUUUUUUUUUUUGAAGCUCAAAAAAGUAUAAUACAAAGCUAGAAAAAGAUAUAUUUUGUAUCCUGAACAUGAACAUUGCGCUUCUUUUAUGUUAGAAAUCCUUUUAGAUGUGAUGACAGUUGAUCUUUGAAAACUGGGUUUAUCCAUUUUGCUUCCAUUCUGAAAUUUGGAACUAAUGACACAUUUUAAAAGAUCUGUAUUACAAUUAUAAAUAAAUGUAUUGGGACACCAAUGAUUGCUGUACAGUGAUAAACUAUGAAUACAUUUUACUUUAAAAAUAUAACCCAGGUGCCAUUUGUUAUUGUUAUGAGCAGAAUAUUUUGUAACUACUUUAAUGAUCUAUUAAAAAACGAAUAAUAUAACACAUUCAGACCUUUUUAAAGCAUUCUAUUUUCAUGUUUACCAACAUGCCAACGUUUCUUAUGACACUGUACUCUGUACAGUAGUUUUUGUCUAUCUGUUCUUGCUGCCAGGAGCUUCAUUCCACAAAGAAAGAAAAGUAAACAACAGGUUAUGACAAGCAAUGACACAUAAGUUAUUUUACCUUUACCUUAGCCUUUAAGACACAAUGUUUUAUUGUUAAGACUAAGAUUAAAGUGAAUCACACUGAUCAUGUUUUGCAACAUAAUCGAGACACUCUAAGUUGUUCCACAACUGUCUGCUUCUCACCAGUCAGAAGAAGUCCAUCUUAACAUCUCCAUGUGCCGAGGCCGCUCCCACAUGAAUGUCUGCUCAUGCUGAGCCACUCCCAUGUUUAUGUCUGUUAGUGCUGAGGCCUCUUGGGCACACUUAUUCAGGAGCUAAUGGGGAUCUACAUAAAAACAAACAAACUCGCGGGUUUAAUAUUUUAUAUUCAUCAAGUUUUGGGGCAUGUCUUUGAAGUUAUUUGUAAAUUAGAUAGCAUUAUUUGUUUGCUUUUGUUUUUUGGUUAAUAAAUAUAAUUAUAAAGAAA